UUGUUCUAUUUCUUCAGACAGCUUUACGUGCACUCCCAGUCAACAUGGAUUUUUCAAAGAAUGCAACCGAGUGUCCGCAGCCCCUUAAGGCAGAAGUGAAAGGGAACAUCCCCUCCUGGUUGCAAGGCACAUUACUACGCAAUGGCCCUGGGAUCUUCUCAGUGGGGGAUACCAGCUAUGACCACUGGUUUGAUGGCAUGUCCAUCAUGCACAGCUUCUCCUUCAUGGAUGGUGAAGUGAUCCACAGAAGCAGGUUCCUGAAAAGUGACACCUACAAAGCCAACAUGGAAUCCAACCGAAUUGUUGUGUCUGAAAUGGGAACAAUGUCUUACCCCGACCCAAGCAAAAACUUAAUUGUCAAGGUGAUCACCUUCCUUAACCACACAGUGCCUGACUUCACUGACAACGGCACCAGCAAUUUUAUCAAAUACGGUCAGGAUUAUUUUGCCACCUCAGAAACCAACUACAUUCGUAAAAUUGACCCAGUCACCCUGGAAACUCAGGAUAAGGUAGACUAUAUGAAGUUUCUGCCUGUGAACUUGGCUUCAUCCCAUCCACACUACGACAAGGAGGGUAAUGCCUACAACAUGGGCACUUGUAUCGCUGAAAAGGGCAAGACGAAAUACCUACUGUUCAAAGUCCCCGCAGUUUCUCAGAAAGACAAAGACAAGAAGGUCCCCGCUCUGAAGAACGUGGCGGUGAUCUGUUCAGUACCCUGCCGCUCCCUCCUGACGCCCAGCUACUUCCACAGCUUCGGCAUGACGGACAACUACUUCAUCUUCAUCGAGCAGCCCAUCAAAAUGGACAUCCUCAAAAUGGCCACCGCCUACAUGAGGAGAGUCAACUGGGCCAGCUGCCUGAAGUUCUGCCCAGAAGAUUUGACUCAGAUCCACCUGAUCGACAGAAAGACAGGCAAGGUGAUGGAGACCAAGUACUACACGGAAGCCAUGGUCGUCUACCAUCACGUGAAUGCUUUCGAGGUCGACGGUUGCGUCAUAUUUGAUGUCAUCGCCUACAAGGACAACAGCCUUUACGACAUGUUUUACCUGAGCAAGCUGAAAGAAAAGCCAGGAUCUCACGACAAUAGCUACUCCAAACCAAGCUAUAAGAGAUUUGCACUUCCCGUUCAACCAAACGAGGGCGCGGCCAUCGGAGAGAACCUGGUGAAAGUGACGUGCACCGCAGCCACAGCAUUGAAAGAGAAAGAAGGCAAAGUAGUAUGCCAGGCAGAGGUGCUCUAUGAAGGGAUUGAACUGCCACGAAUCAAUUACGAUUUUAACAGCAAGAGACAUCGCUUUGUGUAUGGCAACUGCGUUGAGGAAAUGGCACUCUCAAAAAAGAUUGCCAAGUUUGACACAGAAACCAAGCAAAUAUUGACCUGGAGUGAAGACAACUGCUGGCCAUCGGAGGCAGUGUUUGUCCCCAGACCGAAUGGCGAGGCAGAGGAUGAUGGGGUGAUUUUAUCAUCUAUAAUCAACACCAGUCCCGACCAGUCUAACUUCAUCUUGGUUCUUAAUGGCAGAACAUUCAAGGAAGUGGCUCGGGGUUACGUGAACACUGAGCUCCAUAAGGACAUGCAUGGAUUUUUUAUCCCUCACGGAAAUUAGUCACUUAUAGUAUGCAUCGAUAUACAUUUCAGGAAAUUAAAAUCCUUAAUCCUGCCAACAUGUAUAACAUGUAAAUUACAUUCCACUGUAGUUGGGACUACUAAACAAAGUGAUCAGGAUGAUCUAGAUAUUGUAUAAAAGGUGUCAUAUUUGACUAAACCAAUUAAUUAGGAUGUAACAUUGGCUGUAUGGUGCCUCAGUAAACAUGUGAAAUAUGAAUUAAUACCUUAGUUCCAGACGUUUGUCUGCCGAGAGGCCUGAAAUGCGCUCAUUCGAAUUUCUCGAGAUCUCCGCCCACCUCUCUGCUCCCGAGCCAACGCUGUCAACAUAACAAACACGUGUGACAGAUAUAAACAACCAACCAUUCGCGCACACAUUCACACCGAAGGGCACCUUAGUGUCUUCAAUCAACCUAUCGUGCAUGUUUUUGGGGAUGUGGGAGGAAACCGGAGUGCCCGGAGAAAACCCACGCAGACACGGGGAGAUUUGAACCCCGGGCCUCAGAACUGUGAGCCUGAUGUGCUAACCGGUCGGACACCGUGCCGCCUCGAUUGUCUAAAUGGCCAAAAUAUGGGACCUUCAAAAUGUUAUUUCUUAUUUACAUAAUUUUGUGUGGGUGAAAAUGUAUGCUGUAGUAUAUACCCACUUUGUUGUUGUGCAUCACUUUGAGUUGCCUUUUUGUGCGCUUUGCUUUCACAGAAAAAAAAACCAUCCGGCCUGUUGUACUCACACAACAUCGAGUAGGUCCAACCAACUCUCAUCAUGUGGGAGAAGUUAGACGUGUGUAACAUUCGGUGUUGGGCUCGGUUUCAUGUCCUUAAAGCCUUGGUCUACUAUAUCAGAACAUUAUAGACUGUAUCACCGCUAUGCUCACCCACCACAACGUUAUUUUUGUAAAUCAAAUCUAAUGUCAUUGUACGAGGCAUCUAAUGAUUCACUUUGCUCAUCUCUCUUCCAGCUAGUGUCCUGUCUUUUGUUAUCGUUUCUUCCUAUAUUGUUUAGUUAUCUUUGCACUGUUUCUCACUUUAAGACUUUGUUCUGUCCGACUGAAAUGUUCAAUAAAUAUGCAUCAGAAUACAAAGAAAAAAGAAAGAAAACAAAACUCCACUGUGGCACAGCAGAACAGUUUCUGCAUAAAAGGUAUACAGCGCCUCCUUUUCUGUUUUACCUAACAGCCGAACAUGACAAAACAAAAACAAAAAAACAACAACAACAACAUACAAAAAACACUCAGUUGUCAUCCAAAAAGAGCAUCAAGCCUUGGGAUUGACUAAGGGGAAAUGUACAAGUUGGAGACAAAGUGAUGGAUCAGAUGACCUUUCAGCCAGAGACUGUAUCGUAAAUUAUAAGGAUGGUCUCGUUAGGUAAAGAUACAAUUGCACAAGAGCAGUGAACACAUUGGUGAACUUUCUGUAAUCGAUCGUCCAAGUUGGU